GUCAUGUGGCAGCGUCGGUCGUAGUGGUCCGUUGUUCCACGACCCGAUAACGUUCUACGAAACACACGAAAGAAAACACGUGAACGCCGUGUUUUGACACUUGUACGUUUCAUUGUUGUGAAAUAAACUUUUAUUUAUAAAAUUGAUUUGGCUUUUAUUUUUUAAGUUUGUUUAAGUGACAGUGCUGGUUCGAAGCCGACGUUGUCCGGUCAUUCGGGUUGUUUGUUUUCAUUUUUUUUUCCGGAUCUGUUUACUGAAAAACGUUAAUAUGAUUUUCGAAAAGGAGUCUUUGUUCUGCUUCUAGUUUUAGUCUACAAUUAGUGGAAGACGAGGUAGCGGGGUGAAGGUAAUCUGGACAACAGGGACAAAACAGGGGUGCAAUGUUCCAACAGUGUAACCCCUCCAUAUACAUUCCAUCAGACGGGUCAACCCUAUCUGACUUCCAUAUCGCCUCCAGGCACACAAACCGUAGUAGUAGCAAAAAAAAGAACCGUAGAAAAUUCGAGGAUAUUGGCGAGGAGAUAUUCAAGAAACCCAGAAGAAAACUCUGUUCAUCAGUCGGAAGGCUACAUUCAUGAGCAUUACAGUCCGAUCGGUAGGAGGAAGUUUUUACCCAAGUCUAAGUCAGUAGAUGUUGUUAAACAUCAAGCUGUUAAGGUUGUAGAUAGAUUUGUUGAUAAUGGUGUCGCACUCAAGAACAAGUCCACGUCUAACUUUGAUAUUUUAGUAAAUGAAAAACACAAGUUCUCUCUUACGGGCCUAUUUAAGAAGUUAGAUAGUCAAGUUAAAUCAAUAACUAAGAACAAAAAGACUGGUACAAUUUGUACAAAACCUACUACUGAUAACUUAGUCAAGAACCCAACAAUCGAUGCUGAUCCAACCCCAAACAAAAAUACUUUAUUAUCAGCGAGCCAAUUGUACGCAGAACGCCCCAACCGCGAAAUAAUCCUGCGUAAACCAACCACCAAAGACACUUCCAAAGAGAUUGUACCAAGUGACUACUUCACCAGACAAAAGUCCAAGUACUCACCGCCACCUGAACCUUCGACAACCACACAGCUGCAAUUAACGACUGCCGCAAAACAACCUACGACCACCCCUACCGUAACAGGUACCGAAUUAGCCGUCAGCAACAGUUUAGCAACGAAUCCGAAGAUGUUGCGUGGCGGGUUGAAGCUUAAGGAACGACUGAUGGUCGCAGUGAGUGUAUUCGCGGUCGCGUUUACUUUGGUGCUUGUUGUGGACUUACAGAUGGACUUGGGUAUAUCCGGGAAACAUCUCGUUUCGUCCCAUGGUAAGAUUAAGUACGUGGUGCAAGAGGAGGGACCGGGUUCUGCAUACAACAGCUUCCGGAACAGACUGCUGCAAAAAACGCACAGUGCGACAAGUACGAAUAUAUCCAAAGAGAGUCUUCCGAACGACAUCAGUGCAGUCAACGGUAACGUGAAGGCAAAGAACGUUGCGCCAUCCGAUACGAUACAGAAAACGACUGGCGUCCAUGAUGAUUUUGGUGACAUCGUCGACUGGAUAAGUCUGUCCAGUGUUGAGAAGGAAAAGGCGCAAAUAGACACGGGCCGUCUGAAUCCGGUGGUAGUCAAAGAUGCGGCAUACAAGAACAACCCGACUUUGGCUGAAGCUAAACAUCUGAUAAUUGAGAAAAACGCCACCGUACUGGAAAAAUUCCAGCUAGGAAUCUCCCAGCACGAACUCUACCCCAAGAACAGUGUUUAUGUGGACAAAGUGCUUCAGCUUAUGAUAAAGGAGCCAAUUUUGCAUGUCGCUCAAAAAACGGGAGGAACUCAACUUAAAUUGAUCAUUGAUUAUCCGAAUGAAGUGCAAGCGUUGUUUAAACCUAUGCGGUUCCCGAGGGAGCAGCAAACCCUUCCGAAUCACUUUUACUUCACGGACUACGAGAGGCACAACGCGGAGAUUGCCGCCUUCCACUUGGACAGGAUAAUGGGCUUCAGACGGGCAAUGCCUGUGACCGGACGUAUGUUGAACAUCACGACGGACCUGUACGAGAAGGCGGACGGUGAACUGCUGAACACGUUCUUCGUCUCGCCCUCCGACAAUCUGUGCUUCCACGGCAAGUGCUCAUACUAUUGCGACACGUCGCACGCGAUCUGCGGUAACCCCGACACACUCGAGGGCAGUUUUGCCGCCUUCCUGCCCUCCAGCAAAAUCGCCCCCACCAAAGUGUGGCGCCAUCCCUGGAGACGGUCUUACCACAAGAGGCGGAAGGCCCAAUGGGAGACGGACCCGAAUUACUGCGCCCUGGUCCGGGAGAUUCCGCCUUACGACAAGGGUCGCAGACUGGCCGACCUGAUGGACAUGUCGGUGUUCGACUUUUUAAUGGGCAACAUGGACAGGCAUCAUUACGAGACGUUCAGAUUGUUUGGGAACGAUACGUUCACACUUCAUCUGGACCACGGAAGAGGUUUUGGAAAACCGUUCCACGACGAAUUAUCCAUCUUGGCACCUCUAUUACAGUGUUGCAUGAUCCGACAAUCAACUCUGGAAACAUUGCUCAAGUUCCACAACGGACCGAAAAAACUGAGCGAUGCGAUGAGGGAAAGCAUGGCACUGGAUCCAAUCGCUCCCAUUCUGUGGGAACCCCAUCUGGAUGCGUUGGACCGUCGGGUCGAAAUAGUCCUACGGGGUAUCAGGGAUUGUUUAACCAAAGGAGAGGAUAUUGAAUCAGAAACCAAAGACGAUGAUACGUAAAAACAAAAAAAAAUGUUUUCGUUAAAGGAACACGUUUAAGGCGUAAUGAAUGUUUUUUUGGUUGUGUCCCUUUGGAUGUUGUAUUUUUUUUUAUAUUAUAUCAAGGGACCAAAUUUAACUACACCAGUAGAAAAGUUCACGCCUUAAAUGUGCAUAUGUUACUACUGAUUUAUUUGUAUUUUGUUAUUUUACAAUCAAGUUAUAAUAAUUAAGCAAAUGUUUGUCCGCAAGGCUUGUUUUAGAUAGAUCUCUUUCUUAGUUACCAUUUUUAUUAUUCUGGUAAUGUAACAUAAUGUGAGUAUGUAUAUUGCAAAUUAUAUAAUAUAUAUUUUUCUGAGUUAAAUUAAUAUAAUAUAGACAAGGAAUCAUCGUCCUUUAUGGAAAAUUAUCGAUAUGAAAUAAUUUUAUCUUUGCCCAUUUAUGACAAUAAUAUUUAAGAUAUUAUAAUUGUUUCCAGCACUCACUUUAUAUCUUGUUUCCAGAAAAUUCUUGCUGGACAUACUGAUGAAUUAAUUAAUAGUUACCAAAGAAUUGACUUAAUAUAUUUUGUUACACAAAACAAACUUCAUCUGUAUGUCUUGUUAAAUAUUAUGUUGUGUUAAUCUCACUUUCGAUUAAACAAAAUAAUUUCAAAAAAUAUUUGAUUAUGAAAUAAUUACAUUAUACCUACCACAACCACUUUUAGUCACCAUUUACCAAAUAUAGAUUUUAGUUCAUUUAUAUCCUUCAACACUUUUAAAUCUGUGCCAAUAAAUUAUAAUUCUCUUUUUAUCUCCCUUUUUUCUGUUUAAUUUCUUUGUAUAUAACAGACCUUGUAAAAUGUUGUAAAUUAUUGUAUAUUACUAUAUUACUAUGCAAAAAAUGUAUCAAACACUGGGUCUAUAAAUAGAUUAUUGGUACAUUUUAUAUAUAAAAGAUGUAUAAUUAUUAACUGAUAUGAAUAAACCAAAGUUGACUGUUAUAUUGUGAUCAAUAAAGUAAACAUAUAUGAGAAAA